UGUUGAUUCAAUUUAGUGUUUUCAUUUUGAACUAACAGAAGGCACGUGUGUGAGGAAUAAGUUGGCAAAAUAUCCGGUGUGCGAACUUGAAAUGCUUGAGCUACACCCUCGACUGUGUAGCUAGACCUGUGUGCUUGUUUUGUUGGCCGCCGCGUGCAGCAGUGAGGGGGAAAAAAGGGGCGGUGCUGUCUCCCGCCCAGUCAAUCAUCUCAGUUGCUCCUCAAUUAGAGAUGGAGGUGGAAGACGAGAAACAGUUAAUUUGCAUAAUAACUGAUAAGUCGGUGUGUUGACCAGUAAUGCAACGUGUACCAACACGGUGGCCGCUCCACGAUGAAUAGGUACUGGGCCGGACACGGCGUGAAGCCCGCCUGGAUCCUGGCUGUGACCUGCCUGGUUAGUGCGCGCACUGGCCGCGGAUCUCCUCUGCUGUUGAACCCAGAGGUGUUUCUGGAAAAAUAUGGCUACCUUCAUGACAACAACCACAUCCACAAUGCAGUUGAGAUGCAGUCAGCCAUCCGGGACUUCCAGUGGUUGUCUCGUCUACCUGUGACAGGUGAACUAGACAGCGCCACCCUGAGGCAGAUGGCAGAGCCUCGCUGUGGCGUGUCGGAUGAGGGCAGCCAGCAGAUCUGGGCCAAGAGGGUAAACAUCAUCUUCACUGCAAGGAGUUCUGCCCCAAUGGCGCCAUGGCGCCGCAGGAAGCGCUCUGCAGUAAGAGCUGACAAGUGGUACAAGCGUCACCUGGCGUACCGCAUCGAGAACUGGCCCAGCCACCUGUCUCUGGGCUCAUUGCGGCUGGCAGUGAACGCUGCUUUCCAGCUGUGGAGCAACGUGUCAGGUCUGGUGUUCCAGGAGGCCCCCGAAGGGCCCGCAGACAUCCGGCUGGCCUUUUACGAGGGGGACCACAACGACGGGGCCAGCAACGCCUUUGAUGGACCAGGGGGAGCUCUGGCUCACGCCUUCCUGCCUCGCCGAGGGGAAGCCCACUUUGACAUGGCGGAGAGGUGGACACUAAACGGACACAAGGGCCAUAAUUUGUUCAUGGUGAUGGCCCAUGAGAUCGGACACACUCUGGGGCUGGAGCACUCCCCCGUGCGUCACGCUCUCAUGUCGCCCUACUACAGGAAGCUGGGUCGCAGUCUGGUGGUGAGCUGGGACGACAUCCUGGCCGUGCAGCAGCUGUACGGUAAGCCGCCAGGUGAUCGGCCCGUGCGGUUGCCAGGUGAGGUGCUGCACGCUGCUCUGCAGGAGUGGGAAUUCAUGGAUGUCCUCAACAGACGACAGAGCAACGGCCUGCCUCUCUACUGCCAGUCUGGGCUGUUUGACGCCAUCACUGGAGACCAGAACGGUACAAUAGCGGUGUUCCGAGGCAGCGUGUACUGGACCGUAUCAGCUGAUGGUGUCGUGAGUGGACCGCUGCCCCUCCGCCAGAGCUGGUCUGACCUCCCGGUGGCCAUCGAGGCAGCAGCCUUCUCCCCUUUGGACGCCAAGUGGUUCUUCUUUAAAGGGAAGCGUAUGUGGCGCUACUCCGGCCGAGUGCUUGACCCGGGUUUCCCCAAACAGAGCGUUGAGCUGGGCCUACCUCGCCACCCGGACUGUGCCUUCUACUACGCUCCUCUGGGUCACAUGGUAUUGUUCAAGGGCUCUCGCUACUUUGUCCUGAACCUGCAAACCCUGCUCCAAGAGCCCUACUACCCCCGCAGGCUUAAAGACUGGACUGGCGUGCCGCAAGGGACCAAUGGUGUCCUGAGCCGUCCGGACGGGCGCCUCUACCUGUUCAGGGAGCAGCAGUACUGGAGGUUUGACCCGUUGAAGGUGCGAGUCACCAGAGUGGGCCAGUGGGCCAAAGAGCUGAGCUGGAUAGGUUGCGGUGAAGGUCCGCAGAGCAAUAACAUCCUUUGACCAGCAGAGGGAGCGCUAACUUGGUGCUACUGUAUACCUUUGAAUUUAAGACUGCAUGAAUCCACUUGGGUUACGCUGAGCACAUCCAGUGUUUAAAGAGAAGAGCAGUUAGUUUUACUUUAUAAAGAUGUGCACUUCGGUCAUCAAACAUGAGUUGCAGUGUUAGGUGGCACGCCGAAAGCUUUCAUUCUUGUAUUUGCACAUUGUAAUUGUUUAAACACGUAUAUUAUCAUAAGUCUGCAGACGAGCAGAGCUUUUACGCAAGUAUGGAAUUUGAUUUGAUAUAUUUCCAUGUUUGGAAAAGCAUGCAAAAUGGAAACUUUAAGUAUGGAAAAAUAUUCAUUGUUUCCAAGGCUGCCACCACUGUUAAAAUUAUGAAUAAAAAGAAAGAAAAGAAAAAAGAACUGGAUGGCGUUUGCUAGGGCAGCUAAGACGUUUGUAUUUGAGUACACAGUGGGCGGCCCAUCCCGGAAAACAUUUGGGAAGAUUGACAAGUUGAAUGGCCGGCCCUCUGCUCUUAUCCUCCUCCAAACCUUUGUAUGAGCUACAUUACUUAGCUAUAAUCUCCUGGAAAUGAUAUGGUGACAUGAUGGCAUACGUAUUCAGAAUAAUGACAACAAACCAUGACAUGAUGCUAGGGCUGCAACUAACGCCUAUUUCCUUAGCCCAUUAACCUAAAGCUUGUUGUGCCGAUUAAUGGAGUAAUCAACAUGAACCAAAAACAGUUAGUGGUCUGGUCCGCAGCAUAUCUGAAAAGAGGCACAAAUGUUACCAAAAUAGUUGUCGAUUAGUUGGAUAAUCAAUGACUCAUGAAUUAAUUGUUGCAGCGCUAAUGAUACACAUCUACUUUCCGAGUCUGGAAAAAGUCUGGAAUUUUGAAAUGUCAGAUCCGGAGGAACCCUGGAUGAGUGAUCUUGUCAACACUAGAAUGGAUCACAACAUCAAUCUGGUUUGGUGUUGACGACACCGAGAUUUAUGCAUCAGCACAAGGCAGCCGACUAGCUGAUCACUGAUCAAUCACACAGCACACCAGCGCAGGACAAUAAAUUUGCAAUUUAGAGGCUGAACUGCCUUGCAUUCCAAUCACUUUUUAUUCAUUUCUUUAAUCUGGUGAUCUGUACCAUUUCUCAGCAUCAGUUGUCACAUAAACAAGAACAUUUAGCAGGUUUAACAGCAAAUACCGGAGGAAAAGUCCUCCGUUGCUACUUUUAAACAAAGUCUAGUCUGCAGUGUGAAGAUCUCAAUGUUUCCUAUCCGCAUAGCAACAUAGUCACGACUGCACAAAUCAUUAGAUCUAAAUAUACAAGCAAAACAAGGUUUGGACACAUAAAACAAUUACUGUAAUAAAAGACACUGUUUACUGCUCUCUUUACUGAUACUUUUGUAAUGUGUUUCUGGGCAGGCUUGUGCAAACUUCCCAAGUUCACUUACAUGAAUUUCAACUGAGAUUGCAGGAAGAAGAAGAAGAAGAAGAAGAAGAAGAAUUGCAAGUCAAAUUCAAGAUUAUGUAAUUAGAAUUGACGUUCCAAUUGAUAAUUUUGGUACAGUAUAUUCCAUACCCGACAGUUUUACUAUUAUUACAACGAACCUCAUGCACACAUUAGAUGUUAACUACAGGAAAGGUUUUUCAUCAGCAAUUUAGAAUUAGAGCCUCAUGUAUGACAUACGAUUAAUUGAUGUAUUACAACUUUCAAAUUAUGGAAAAUGCUGGAAAAAUGCUUUAUUUCCCAGUAGUAUUCAAAAUGGAGAGAAUUUGUGUUGGAGUUUAGUAUUGAAGCCAAAACCUUUGUUAAGAUGACACAUUCUUCCUGUACGUAGCGAGAAGGAAUGAAUUGCUAUGAAUUUAAUUCCACUUCCUGUAAUUCUAAUACAAAUCCAACAUCCUGUGUGGUGGAGCCAAUUCUAAAUUCUAAAUCUUCAAAGGAAAGUAAUUGAAAUUUGGAAUUUUGCACAAGCCUGUUUGUGUGGCACCUCCUGGUCAUUGAAUAGUUAAACGUGGCACAUUUCACCCAACAGUCGGACUGUGCUGUGCUCCUUUUCUUGUCCCAUGUUAAAUCUCCAAUGGUCUCCUCAGAUGAAGAACUCAUCAACUUGUUCCUCAGUGUUUGUGUGUGAUGACAGCGGCUUGGUGCGGUCAGUCUCUACGUUGCAGGAGCUCAGUCCAGCUGUGUGUGUCACUCCUUCAGUCCUGGCGUCCCUGGAGCAACCAGUGGUACCCCACACCCUGGAGGGACUCCCUUCCUUGGCUGAGGCUCCAAACCCUGCAGAGCUCUGCAGGUGACAUGAGUUCAAAAGCUCCAUGGAAGAAGAGCGUGUCAUCACAGCUUUGACCGUUACGUCCGAGCGAGGCGACACAGCAAUUCCUGUGUCCACGUUGGUUUCCUCCUCGUCCUCCUCCAGCAGUAGAUGGGAAAGCGAACGGGUGAUGGAAGGCCGCAGAGGGGAGUCGGACUGAUUAGAGGUGGGAGGCGGGGUGGGGCUGCUGCGCUGGGAUGAGUAACAGGAGCUGCCGGGCGGAGUGCUGCAGCAGCUACCCGAGCCUUGGCUCUCUGCGCCACCACGGCCGCCGUGAAGCUUCUCCAGAGCAGGCUCACUGCGAGCUCGGAGUCCUGCACACGUCACAUUUUCAGUUAAAUCUAUAAGAUAACGCAGCUGCCAAAUAAUUAUGCACACCUAAUAUGGUGCAGCACAUCUCCUUACAUGCAUAAUAAUAAAGUGCAAAGCUCCCAUCACAGUGCCUACCAUGUCUGUGAUUGUGCCAGGCCGGAGGAGCUGUGAGGUUGAUUGGUGACUUGCAUGGGGUGUGCCCUGUGCUCUUCAGCUGCACUGCUCGAGGGGACACACUGGGGCAGCUCAGUGGAAAAGCACAGGUCAGAGGUCGCUGAGGUUGAGCUGGGGUUUUCACCUGCGGCACCAGAAGGAGGGGAGGGAUUAUGAUUUAAAGAGAUUGCAAGCAAGUUAAGUGACUAACUUGCAGCAUUAACAUACACGCAUUCAACAUAUGGCUGCUUUUGACAGCUUUUAGGUCAUGUGACUGACAGACCACAUGACCUCUCAUCAACACUGCCUUGGCUUUUGAAGUCACAAUUGGUAUUACCGAGUAUUUCAAGUAGUAGUAGUAGUCGUAGUAGUAGUAGUACUUUAUUAAUCCCACAGCAGGGAAAUUCACUUGUUACAGCAGCAAGCAAGGUACACAAGUAAAGAAUGCAUAGUGACAUAGUGAAUACAACAUGGUUCAGGUGGUGCAGGUGUUGUAGAGCCUGAUAGCGGUUGGUAUGAAGGACCUGCAGAACCUCAACUGACUCAAAGUACCCAUUCAAUACAAAAUACCUUCGAUACAAUCAAUACUUUCCUUACACUGCAUGUUCUUUUUUUGUAAAAGCCAAAUUUUCUGUACAUUGCUUGGACGCUGUUACAUUUUCUGUGAGCGUCUUCUGUCAUGUGUAUGUGGCAGUUGUACGGUGCUGAGUCGUCAUUCUUCAUGAUUCAUCUUGCCGAAUGGAAUGCCACAUGAGUAUGAAGAUAAUAAAGGCAGUAAUUGAUUGUGACGGUGCACCACUACAAAAUAAAAGCCGCCACACCUUAAAGUCGUUUUUUUUUUAAACUUGAAAACAAUUUAAAGUAAUAUAUUGUAUGAAUGGUUAUAUACGCUAUAUAGAUACAUAUAUAGCUUAUUAUUUACGCACACACUGACAACAAUCAGUUUGAAAACUAUUUAAGAUAUAAAUGUUUCACUGCUCUUUGUUUUGAUAAGCCUGCACCGCAUGCACUUGCGCAUGUGUGACCAGAUACGCGGCACAUCUUGUGUUGACUUUCACUUUGUUUCUUAUUAUCAGGAGAAUGAACAAUAGCCCGCUCACGUUUCAAUCUCAUUCCACUCCUGCCUGGCUGGCGGCAUCUCAUCUCAUUUGUGUGCCACACGCAAGCUAGGAGCUACGAUCAUCAUCACAACGUACUUUUGUAAAGUGUCACUUAACAAUCUUGCGCUCUUGUUAUCAUUACAAUACUUAUGGCUUGUCUUCAAAACACAAGCUGUGUGUCGAAGUUGUGCAACAGAAGCACACUGCGUGCACAGCUUUACACAGCGAUGCUCUCACAGGGGUCUCCAACAGGUAGCUCACCAGCUGAAAGAAUAUUUGCUUCACCUCCUUGCAUUUUUCUAAGUGUUCUAUUCAAACCUGACACCUGUGUUUAAUGACAAAUGAGCACACUGAUUGGAGAUGUGCUUUGUAAAUAAAGUUAAAUGUUGGCGGUGCUCUCGGCAACUUUGCCAUUAAAUUAAUAGUUUUGCAAUGUUCUAGGUUCAUGGUCUGCUCGUUGUUGAAAAAAGUUAAAUAAGUUAAAUAAAUGAGUCAUAAAAAAAUUGCUAUUUGUUGUUAAAAAAAAAAACAUUGCAGAUGCAGCCCCGCCCUCCCAUGCAGCAUACCACCACAGCUUCAAAAAUCUGCGGGGAAACCCUGAAUAAAGGUACACUGGCUUCUAUUGCACCUACUGUACCUGGAAGAGAACCUUG